AUGAACAUUUUCAAUGGGUCUUCGUGGUGGUCGGGCAACAACUACGGGAUCAACUGGCGUCCUACCUGGACCCCGCUGACGGAGUACAGUCGCGCCGCGGUUACCUUGCCGUAUAACUACAAUGGUUGGGCGCAAUACUUGCACAACAACCCGUACACUCGCGUGUGGGCCUGA